GUGGCUCAAAUUCACUUGAAGUGCAAAAGUUUGCAUUUUCCCCCUUGUCAUUUUGACACAAAUCUAUUUGUUCAACUUGUUUUUGCAUUAGCAAUACCUGAUAUCAAUUCUUAUACGGUGAUGUUUACUCCAGGAUUUAUUCAUACUGUCAAACUCAUUCAGACUUUUUGUGAAGAAAUCAGUCUUUGCAUUUCUUCUGCCAACUUUCAAAAUAGUUCUUUUGUUCAAAACAAUAUCGAUGAUGCUAAACUUAAAAUCGAUUUAGAUCGAGCACUAAAUGAAAUCAUUCAGAAAUAUGGAGGAUCGACAUACCAAUUAGAACGAGCAAAUUAUAUUCGAAAAGAAUGUCUAAAAACAAAUGUUCCCGGUAUUCUUCAUCGUCUUUGGCCAACGUUGAGUUAUGCAUCUACUGUAAUAGGCGGUACUUUUGUCAUACACAAACAAGAACUCCAAUUUUAUUGUGGAGAAAAGUUACCUUUAAUCAAUUUCCUUGGCUAUCGUGCAAGUGAGGGAUACUUUGGAAUUCUUGCAAGUAUUCAUACAGAUGAAUACUUUCUUAUACCAACAUCUGUAUUUUUUGAAUUUAUUAAGGAAGAAGAUGUUCAUCACUCUCAACCAAAGACUCUUCUUAUCUCAGAAAUUGAACCAGGAAAUCGAUAUGAAGUGGUUUGUACAACUGAGGGCGGACUUAUUCGAUAUCGAAUGGGGGAUAUGAUUAGUUGCACAGGAUUUCUUUCUCGCGCAGAUGAUUUAGUUCCGUUACCGUCUGAACCAGAAGAAAUUCCUCGAAUUCCUCUCAUUUCAAUCGCAUAUCGUGUUGGAAGUCUUUUAGAUGUAUAUGGAGAGAAAACAAGUGAACAACAUGUGAUGAAUGCUCUUUAA